GUCGGGCAGGGGGCCUGCCACGGGUCCUUCGGAGGGUGACAUUCAGCCGGCGGUGCGAGGAGACGGACCUUCCACCCUAGACGAUGGCCAAGUUCGUCCGUAACUUCGCGGAGAAGGCCCCGGGGCUCGUAGCCGCUGCGGUGACUUACUCGAAGCCUCGAUUGGCUACAUUUUGGCGGUACGCCAAGGUUGAGCUGAUUCCCCCAACCCCUGCUGAACUCCCUGCAGCUAUUCAGAGUGCGAGGAAAAUAAUUCAAAGUGCUAGAACUGGUAGCUUCAAACAGCUUACAGUUAAGGAAGCUGUGCUGAAUGGUUUGGUGGCCACUGAGGUGUGGAUGUGGUUUUAUGUCGGAGAGAUCAUAGGCAAACGUGGCAUUGUUGGCUAUGAUGUUUGAAGACUGAUCUUUAACAUCUGAUUUAUUUGAGUUCCUAUUUGAAUGUUCUUGGACUACAUGUAAUGAGACUGCUAUCUGAAUAAAAUAUUAGCUGUGGAA